AAUCACGGGGUUCGUGUGACGUCGCGAGCGGUGUUUUUUCAGUGGGUGUGACGGAAAAGUGUUUGAACCGAGGUGAGAGAGGAUUCUGCAGCUUUCCAACUCCUCAGCACUAGCCAGCAUGUCUUUCAUCCUCAUGAAGAAAAAGAAGUUUAAAUUCAGAAUAGACGUGGACUUGGAGGAGUUGUCUUCGGUUCCUUUUGUGAACGGAGUCUUAUUUUGUAAAGUGAGACUCGUAGACGGAGGCUUUUCCGAUGAGUCGUCUCGGAAGCCUGUGCAGGCCAACUGUGUUUAUUGGAAAAAGAGGUUUUCUUUUAUUUGUAAGAUGAGUGCCAAUGCUGGGACAGGAGUGCUGGACCCCUGUGUGUGCAGAGUGUCCGUGCGCAAGGAAUUGAAAGGUGGAAAGUCUUUUGCGAAGCUGGGCUUUGCUGACUUGAACCUGUCAGAGUUUGCUGGGUCUCGCAGCACUGUACGGCGGUGUCUCUUGGAGGGGUAUGACACCAAAAACACCAGACAGGACAACUCAAUUCUCAAGGUCGUCAUUGCCACGCAGCUCAUGUCUGGAGACCCCUGCUUUAAAACACCUCCGUCUACAGCCAUGACUCUGGGAAUCCCACAGGCGGGAGCACAGGGACUCCUUGAGGACAGGAAAGGAGACGUACACACAUCCCUCUCUGUCACUGAAUCUCCAAGAAAGUCCACAUCGGUCCCAGACGAGCUGCUGUCAUACGGUCACUCCAGAACACCCAGCCACACAAGCCAGCUUUCAAAAAUUUCAGGGUAUAGUUCAAACCACUCAAGCUCAACAGAUCUGCGCCAUCGACGAAACGUUUCCGAGGGUUCUGCUUCCACGGGCAUCGGCAGCAUCGAGCCCAGCGAUCAGCAGGAGGAUGGGGGGGGUAAGGAGAGCAGGCCGACCUCCACUGUAUCUGCGACCUGCUAUCAUCCAUUUGAAAACCCCUCUACACCCAAAAAGGCUUUCAGACGUCCGGUAAAACAAGACUCAAUGGAGAAUCAACUGAAGAGAGUUGACGCCACCAGGGUGGACGCUGAUGACAUAAUAGAGAAAAUCCUGCAGGGCCAGGACUUCAGCCAUGGCUUCUUGGAUUCCAGUGCGGAGGAGGAGGGGCUCAGCUUGUUUGUUGGUCCUGGUGGGAGUACAGCUUUAGGAAGCCAGCACAUGAGGGUCACAGCUGGAGCCUUUGAACAGGUGGUGAUCGGCAGGCUUUAGAGAGCACAACUCUGAUUCAAGUAAGGACUCUGUUUUCCCGAAGUGGCUGCAAGGCUGGGGUGUGGAUGUGCCAUAAGAGCUCACUCCCAUCUGAUUCCAGAAGAUUUUGUUUCUCUUAUGCAACAACAUCAUGUGACCCGCAGCAUCUGUUUGUCAUGAAAGCCCCCUAGUGCUUAAAAAGUGGAGCUGAAGGCUGCAAUGAAACUUUUUGUACUCUGAGGUAACUUGUUCAUUUAGUGCUCUGCAAGAACAUUUUGUUUGUGCUGUGUUUUAUUUGUUCUCACCAUUUGGUAAAAAUCACAAACUCAGAACCAUGUGUCCCACAUGUCAGUAAUAUGUGAGUAAUACACCAACCUUACUGCACUUUGAGAGCCUUGUGUCAAGUUUUGUAAUUAAAUCAAAAAGUGCUUGUAAUUCCUGUAACUGUAAAAAGUUUUUUAAAUGCUUACUAUAAAAACAUCCCCUAUUGAAGUAUAUUUUAAUAGUGUCUUACAUCUAGCGAUUAGCACAUAGGAAAGGUAAGUUGGGUUAUUUAAAGGAGACAACAAAACUCUAAUCACAUUGGUUUUAAAGAAAAAAAUUGAACAUAAUUGUUAGAUUUGUAAAACACUUUGCAGAAGACCCUCUGUAUGUAUUUUAUCCUAUUUUAUCUGUGCUUGUUUUUGUACUCUAGAAAGGAGUGAAUUUUUUUCUUAUUGUAUAAAUGUGCAAUAUUGAAUGUAUAUGUAAAAUAUACUUAUUUCUACAUGA